UAGCAAAACACCUCAACUUUCCCAACUCUUCUCCUCAGACCCUCCAAAGACACAUGUGACCCAUCACCCCAGACCUGAUGGUAAAGUCAUCCUGAGGUGCUGGGCCCUGGGCUUCUACCCUGCUAACAUCACCCUGACCUGGAAGAAGGAUGAGGAAGAACUGACCCAGGACAUGGAGCUGGUGGAGACCAGACCUGCAGGGGAUGGAACCUUCCAGAAGUGGGCAGCUGUGGAUGUGCCUAUUGGAGAGGAGCAGAGAUACACAUGCCAUGUGCACCAUGAGGGGCUGCCUGAGCCCCUCACCCUGAGAUGGGAGCCUCCUCAGUCCACUGCCCCCAUCAUGGCAGUCAUUGCUGUUCUGGUUCUCCUUGGAGCUGUGAUCACUGGAGCUGUGGUGGCUGUUGUGAGGAAGAGGAGGAGAAACACAGGUGGACAAGGAGGGGACUAUGCUCAGGACUGCCUGAGCCCUCACCCUGAGAUGGGAGCCUCCUCAGUCCAUCAUCACCAUAGGGACCAUUGUUGGUGCUGUCCUUGGAGCUGUGAUCUUAGUUGUAUCACUGUAGGAUUUAUGCUGUGGGUGAGAAAGAACCCAGACCCUCCAAAGACACAUGUGACCCAUCACCCCAGACCUGAAGGUAAUGUCACCCUGAGGUGCUGGGCCCUGGGAUUCUACCCUGCUGACAUCACCCUGACCUGGAAGAAGGAUGCAGAGGAACUGACCCAGGACAUGGAGAUGGUGGAGACCAGACCUGCAGGGGAUGGAACCUUCCAGAAGUGGGCAGCUGUGGUGGUGCCUAUUGGAGAACAGGAUUACACAUGCCACGUGGAGCAUGAGGGACUGCCUGAGCCCCUCACCCUGAGAUGGGAGCCUCCUCAGUCGACUGUCCCCAUCAUGCCAGUCAUUGUUUGGGUUCUCCUUGGAGUUGUGAUCACUGGAGCUGUGGUGGUUGUUGUGAGGAAGAGGAGGAAAAACUUAGGUGGAAAAGGAGGGAACUAUGCCCCCAGCUCUAGCUUCAGACAGCUGCCUCCUGGGGACACGUUCUCACUCACUCAAGAAACAACAAAUAUCUGAAGCUGUCUGCUUUCUCCCAUGAAGACCAUCCAGUCCUCCCUAGCACACCAGGACCCUGCCGCUGCUCUGCUCUUCCCCCAUGGGCGGCUGUUGACUGCUCAUUACUAGGAGCUUUUAGCAAAACACUUCUAGUCCCCUCCUCCCAGUAAGGCCUGUGUCCAAGUUCCUGUUUAUUAUCUAAAUGCUAAUUCCUGCUUUUGGCCCACCAUUUCCUGGAGGGCCCUGGAAAAGUAGGCUUCUGACCUUGGCGUUUUUCCAACAUGCCUGACUUUGGUAGAUAAGGCUCUACCCUCAUAAUAAUAAACGCCAUUCUCCUUGUAAGAA